ACUUAUGUCGCCGGUACAAUGACGUGAUGAUAUUGGAAAAAUGGCUGCUGCUUCUGAAAUUACUUCUUCUCUGCAUAUCUGCAGUUGCUACGGAAGGGACAAGCAACCGGACGACCGAGGCACGACUCGUGGCCCAGCUGACCAGCAACUAUGACCGAAGGGUCAGACCACGGAUAAACGCCUCGGAGACGGUAGACGUGAGCUUCGCCUUCUACAUGACGAGGGUAGACAUAUUGAAUAUGCGGAGUGAGAUGUUGUCUGUCACCGGGUGGAUCGUGAUGAGGUGGUAUGACGACAUCUUCCGAUGGGAUCCCGCCCAGUACGACAACAUCACUAAACUAGUGCUGCCCACGGCCUCUGUAUGGCUGCCGAUAAUUGCCCUGGACAACAGCGUCGACAAUAUAAUCGAGAAGAACUUCCGUGACAAUUUCUACGUGCUCAUCUCCUACACCGGCCUAAUGUCGUGGGAGCCGGCGGGGGUGUUCACGACGUCGUGCGAGAUGGACAUCACGCUCUACCCGUUUGACCGUCAGACGUGCACGAUGUUCUUCUCAACGUGGGACUACACCGUCGACCUCGUCAACCUCACGUUCGCGUCGCCGGAACUCGACAAGGACGCCUACAUUGAGAACGGAGAGUGGGAGAUCCUGAGCUCAAAAGUCGAGGGGGACAGGUUCAGUUACAUCAACAGCCCGGAAUUGAUAUACCCGGAAGUUGCUGUGACCUUACAAAUACGGAGGAAGUCCACGUACUACUUCAUCAACAUUCUGAUACCCUGCUUGAUGAUGUCGUGCCUGGUGCUGAUGGUGUUUUACCUGCCGCCGGACUCCGGGGAGAAGGUCUCGCUCGGCGUCACAGUUCUCCUGGCCUUCUCUGUGUUCCAGCUGAUGAUAGCCGGGGACAUGCCGACAUCAGCCAGCGCCAUGCCUAUACUAGAGGUAUACCUGCUCUGCUUCAUGUCGGCAUCAACGUUCUCCGUUAUCAUCUCCGUCAUGGUCCUGAACCUCCAUCACCGGACCGAGUACAACCAGCCUCCGGUCUGGCUCCGGCGCCUCGUUCUCGACUUCCUCGGCCACUGGCUCUGCAUGGGCACCAGGAGCCGGGUCACAGACGUCCGGCCGAUUGUCGAGGAAUCCCACGACCACAUGGAGCAAAUGGAAGCCAAGAUCGAGAUCGACCAUCACGACGAGCCCGCAACAAGCAGCAGUAACCCAAAGAUCGUGCUCCCUGACUCGCCCGUCGAAUCCACACACAACUUCCACCCUACAGGCGGGCUCCUCGGAGCGUCGUGUCAGAACCUACGGUCUGGAGCGGCGAUAUCGGCGGUGAAGCUGAUUCGCAGCAUUGCCAACAUCGAUAAGACGUCGAGCACACAGUCCAAGACAGCGUUCUUGUCCGCCGUUCGCGACGUGUACCAGGAACUGUAUCAGACCCGGAUGGCUGGCGAGGUGGAAGCGGCCUUGGAGAAUCAGUGGAAGCAGAUCGCGCGUGUUGUCGAUAGGUUCUUCUUUUGGUUGACCUUCUCUAUUCUCAUAGUGUCCACGGCCAUUAUAUUUGAUGCUGCCAGAGACAGGCAAGCUUAAAGUCAUUGGUGUCAGUG